AUGCAUUUCUCUAAAUUCUCUGCUAUUCUCAUGGCCCUUGCCGUCACUCCUGACGUCCUGGCUGCGCCUUCUGAUGGAAACGCUCUCAACAUCAGAGCACCACAGAAAAUCUACACAAAGCCGGUCGUCAAGAAACCAUCCUUUCUCCCAGCAGAACCUGAACCCGAACCAGUUCCCGAAGUACAGCCAAACCCAGUCGUCAAGCCCAACCCCAAUCCAAAGCCCGCCCCAGUGGUUAAAUCAAACCCAAACACUAUUCAACCAUCAACUCCCACCCAGGAGACAACCACCGGAUUCAAGGGUUAUGCCUCAUACUACUAUCCCGGUGAGCAAACCAGCCAAUGCGGCAUCUCUUACACAAAGGGUGAUUUUGUGGUAGCUCUUGAUGAGCGUCGAUUCGACACUAGUCUUUGUGGAAAACAGAUUCGUGUUAUUACUCCUGCGGGGAGGAGGGUUGAUGUAAUUGUUGCGGGUUCGACUAAGGGUGGUACUGAUGGGAAUUGGCUGGAUUUGUCUUACGGGGCUUUCCAGGCUAUUUCGAGCAUUGACAUGGGGAUGAUUCCUGUUACUUGGAAUUAUCUUUAG